AUGUCAAUGCAAGAUUUCAUGAAAACAAUGCUUGAGCAAANUUCAGAGAUCAAGAAAUCAAUUGUAGAUUUGACUCAGAGAGUGGAAAAGUUAGAGGCUAAGGAGUCAAAUAAGCUGCCUGCACAAACAGUGAUCAACCCGCAAAAUGUAAGUGCUAUUACUUUAAGAACGGGUAAGCAAGUACAAGGCCCUGAAGGAGUCCAAGAGGAUGAAGAUAUGAAGAAAGAAGAAGAACAAGUUGAUGACAAUGGAGGACCAAAUGAACCAUCACCUAAGACUACCACUGAAAAAUCUAGGUUAGUACCUCCUAACUCUUCUUUUAAAAAUUCUUUUUCAUCUUAUUCUCCACUUCCUCCAUAUCCCAAUCGGUUGAAGCCGAGAAACAAAAAAAUGGAGGAGUUAGACCAAAAGAUCUUGAAUACUUUCAAAAAGGUGGAGAUCAACAUACCCUUGCUGGAUGUUGUUAAGCAAAUCCCUAAAUACGCCAAGUUUUUGAAAGAAAUUUGCACAAAUAAAAGGCGUUUUAGGGAUAAUGAGGUUGUGAAUGUAGGAAGAAAUGUGUCAAUCUUGAUUAAGAAGCAUAUUGAAAUACCGCGAAAAUGCAAGGAUCCAGGUAUGUUUUCUAUUCAUUGUGUUAUUGGAAAUUCAAAGUUUGACAAUGCCAUGUUAGAUUUAGGGGCUUCCAUCAAUGUAAUGCCUUUAUCAGUGUUUACUUCUCUAUCUCUGGGACCUCUUAAGACUACUGGUGUGGUCAUUCAACUGGCCAAUCGUAGCACAGUUAACCCUGCAGGUGUGCUUGAGGACGUGCUUGUCCAAGGAGACAAGUUAAUUUUUCCUGCAGAUUUUUAUAUCCUGGACAUGAAGGAUGAAGAAGGAAUCAGUCCAACAACUAUUAUCUUGGGAAGACCCUUCAUGAUGACAGCACGAACCAAGAUAGAUGUGCAUGCAGGAUCAUUGACAAUGGAGAUAGGAGACGAGAAAGUGCGCUUCAACGUGUUGGAAUCUAGGAAGCAUCCAAUUAAAGAUCAUUCUUUAUUUUGUAUUGACUUAUCAAGUGAUGCUAAACCAGUAAGAUAG